CGAAUACUUUCCUGAAGGCCAUCGAAGUUAUCGAACAAGAAAAAUCUUUCAGUCGUCAUAAUCUCCCAACCGUCUCCACAUUCACUAUACAAACCAAAAACCACACACUCGCUCUCAAAGCUCUCUCUCUUCUGUGCACCUUCGAGACUUAACGAUGACCGCUAUAUCUAAUUCGUUGGUGUUAACGAAAAACCCUCAGCUCCAGCUAUCAUCUGGAUCGAAUAUGAAAGCUGCUGAUAAACGUCUUGGGAGUGCAUCUCCGACCAGCUUCUUGCACAAUUCUGAUCGGGUGGGAAAGGUGAAGCUUUCUACAUUUAGGCGACCACUCUCAGUUCAAGCUGCAUAUAGUGAUGGCGGACGGUCAGGCAAUGCAGGCAUUUUUAUUGGAGGUUUUGUUUUGGGCGGGCUCAUAGUUGGCACACUUGGCUGUGUAUAUGCCCCUCAGAUCAGCAAAGCAAUUGCUGGAGCAGACCGAAAGGAUUUGAUGAGGAAACUUCCCAAGUUCAUUUAUGAUGAAGAAAAAGCUUUAGAGAAAACGAGAAAAGUGCUGGCACAGAAGAUUGAACAGUUGAACUCUGCCAUUGAUGAGGUUUCUACUCAGCUCCGCACAGAGGAUUCCCCAAAUGGAGUGGCCGUGAACUCUGACGAAGUCGAACCUGCCAUUUGAAAUUACCGUUACUUCCCUCUCCACUGCCCAUGACUUGGGGACUCACAAUAAUAGUUAAUUUUCUAGCUAUUAUCUUUGAUUUUCUCUCUCGAACAUUUGGAUCCGAGCUUUGAUGUACAUUACGCAUCAUUGCAUAUUAUGUUGCUAUUAUCUCGAAUGCUCCAUAUAAAGAUGAAUAGAUUUGUAGAAGAGCAUUCUUGUUGUUUCCUAUUUUGUACACGAACAACAGACAUUGUUUUGUAUUUGAAAGCCACAUAGUUCAUCCAUUCCACUUGUUA